ACAGAGUUUUGGACAUCUGGUUUUGGCUAAGUGAUACAUCACGUUCCGUUAUGCGCCGCCUUGGUUGCUUGAUGUUGAGAGCUGAAAGUAGCCAAAACUUUUAUCAAACACUUGAUAAAAUAUUGAGAUGUAUGAGUAUUGUAUUGUAUUUGUAUGUGAUAAACACCAACUUCAGUUUCACGUCAGUCUCUAAUAUGUCAUUCUCUCCCUCCCUUCUUUGCAUCACAAUUCUAUAAAUACCACACCAUACCUUGUCACCCACCACCUUCAUUUUCCACCUUUCUUCCUUCCUCCAAAAAUGGGAGAUAACAACAAUGUCAACCUCCCACCCGGGUUUCGCUUCUAUCCCACGGAUGAAGAGCUUGUAGUUCAUUUCCUUCAAAGAAAGGCAAAUCUUCUACCUUGCCACCCAGAUGUCAUCCCUGAUCUUGAACUCUACCCUUAUGACCCUUGGGAGCUUCAUGGUAGAGCUUUGGCUGAGGGAAAGCAAUGGUACUACUACAGCAGAAGAACACAAAAUAGGGUCACUAGCAAUGGCCAUUGGAUGCCGAUGGGAAUGGAAGAGCCAGUGAUUACAAGCUCAAGCAACAAGAGAGUUGGCAUGAAGAAAUAUUAUGUGUUCCAUGUGGGAGAAGCUCCUGAUGCAGGUAACACAACCAAUUGGAUAAUGCAAGAAUAUCGUCUAUUAGAUUCAGCUUCCUCUAGCAGAUCAUCCAGAAGAAGAUCACAACCAAAACCGGAUCAUAGUAAAUGGGUGAUAUGUCGAGUUUAUGAGAGGGAUAACGAUGAUGAUGAUGAUGAUGGGGAUGGAACAGAGCUCUCUUGUUUGGAUGAAGUUUUCUUGUCAUUGGAUGAUCUUGAUGAAAUAAGUUUGCCAAAUUAGAUGAUGCAAGUGAUCUAGUAUACUCUAGUUAGCUGCAUUAUAUAUCCAAAUGGGAUAUUUAAGCUAAUUGUUGUUAUCAUAAUUAUUAUUAUUGUUAUUUACUGGUUGUAGUUAAAUCCAUUAGCAGUUUAGCUUCCA